AUGAAGAAGUUUUACAAUGUCUACUUUCUUUGCGGGUUCAUCACCUUGGGUGGUGGCCUGUUUGGUUUCGAUAUUUCAUCUAUGAGUGGUGUCCUCGGUACUGCGGCCUACACCAAUUACUUUCAAGUCGGCUCCGGUCAAUACAAACAGGGAGGCAUCACCUGUGCCAUGCCCUUUGGAUCCCUCGUCGGCGCUCUGUUCUCUAGUUUCCUUGCGGAUAAGUACUCUCGUGUAACGGCAAUCCAAUGCUCCUCGAUUUUGUGGAUUAUUGGUUCGAUUUUGAUGUGUGCCUCAAAUGGAAUUGCCUUGCUUGUAGUUGGCCGUGUGAUUGCUGGGCUCUGUGUUGGCAUUGCUUCUGCCAUGGUCCCCGUCUACCAAGCAGAGGUUGCCCCCAAGGAAAUCCGAGGUCGGGUAAUUUCGUUACAGCAAUGGGCCAUCACCUGGGGUAUUUUAAUCCAGUAUUUCAUCCAAUACGGUGCGAGCAACAUCGACGGUGGCCCUUCCAACCCAACGCAGAGUACGGCGGCCUUCCGCAUCCCGUGGGGCAUCCAGAUCGUCCCGGGCGUGAUCCUGUUCUGUGGACUGUUCUUCUUCCCCAAGUCGCCUCGCUGGCUCGCCAGCAAAGACCGUUGGGACGAGUGCAUCCAGGUACUCGCCCGACUUCACGGAAAUGGAGACAUCAACCACCCCAAGGUUCUCGCCGAAUACAAGGAAAUCCAGGAUGCCUUGGCUCUGGAACGCGCGCAGACCUCGACUAGCUACCAGGAGCUCAUCAAGCCGCGCAUCGUGAAGCGUGUUAUCCUUGGAAUGAGUCUGCAGAUGUGGUCCCAGCUCUGUGGGAUGAACGUCAUGAUGUACUACAUUGUGUAUAUCAUGCAGAGUACCGGAACAGGCUCUCCGCUUCUAACAGCCUCCAUCCAGUAUAUUCUCAACACGGCCCUGACCUUGCCUGCUAUCCUGUUCCUGGAUAAAUUCGGUCGUCGCCCUGCGAUUCUGAUUGGAUUCUUCAUGCAGGCUAUCUUCUUGUAUAUCGAGGGAGGACUGCAGGCAGGAUUCGGUAGCCGUAACGACUUCAGCGACCCAAGUCUAGACGCCAUCUCGUGGACCGUCAAGGACCACCCGGCAGUUGGAAAGGCCAUUAUUGCCCUCUCCUAUCUGUUCGUCUGCUCCUUUGCGACCACCAUCGGUCCCACCUCAUGGACGUACCCCGCCGAGAUCUACCCAGCCAAGGUCCGGGCCAAGGCAGUGUCGCUGGCGACGGCAUCCAACUGGGUGUGGAACUGUCUGCUGGCGCUGUUUGUGCCGCCUCUGCUGUGGUCAAUCAACUGGAAGAUGUACAUGAUUUUCGCUGCUUUCAACACUGCCGCCUUCGUCCACAUGUUCCUAACCGCCCCCGAGACCAAGGGCUUCACCCUAGAGGAGAUGGACGAGGUUUUCGACAGUGGUCUCCCCGCUUGGCGUAGACUCGACAAGACCAGUCGUCUGGACCAGAUGGAGAAGGAUAUCGCGGAGGGCAACCUCAAGGUCACUGACAAGGCUGCCCACGAGGAGGAUAUCGAGAAGACAGGCUGA